AUGAUCUGCUUUGUGUGAAGAAGCCAUUUUGAAAUAGAGAACAGCAGAGAAGCCAUUAACGCACAGUUCAUAACAAAGGUCGCUUUUGGGAAAGAGGCAACGGGCAGCGCUGUCGUCAAGCCUGAUUUUUACCCCUUAUAUGUCUUGUUUUUAUUGUAAUUAAGGCACUUCUUCAUACACGGAUUGCAUUUACAUAAUAAUAAGUGACUCGGGCCCCCUCCCUUUCUUAAAAACAGCCAAGCCAGUAAUAAAGGAUCCGAAGAUGGGAAUGAAAACGAUCCCCUUUCUUCUCUCUAUAGGCCUGAUAAAUGUAAUUCACCAGAAUGUUAAGGUCUGGCGAACGGAAUGGAAAACAGUCAUCCAGUUUGCAGCUCGGGCGAGAAGCGAAGUCACCAUUGGAGAAGUUAUAAGUUGAUUAUUGACCCAGCUUUGAAAAAGGGAUCGCACAAAGUCUAUCGCUACGAUGGACAAACUUUUAGCCCGGGCAAUCCUGGAAUGCCACCGGUUGAUAUGGUCAGAGACCCGAGAAUCGUUUCUCUUUGGUCAAAGUACAAGGAGAUCGAUCUCCCGGUUCCGAAGUUUAAGAUCGAUGAGUUUUACGUGGGACCUGUGCCUCCGAAGGAGGUAACAUUUGCAAAGUUGAACGACAACAUCAGAGAGGGAUUCCUGAGUGACAUGUGCAAAAAGUACGGCGAUAUGGAAGAAGUUGAAAUUUUGUAUAAUCCCAAGAACAAAAAACACUUAGGGGUCGCUAAGGUCGUGUUCGCCUCUGUAAAAGCGGCGAAGGAUGCUGUCCGAAAUCUUAACAAUACUUCAGUCAUGGGAAAUAUUAUCCACGUGGAACUGGACCCGAAAGGUGAGAAUCGAAUGCGAUACUUCGAGCUCCUGAUCAAUGGCAACUUCACCCCCAAGACUCUUCCAGUGGGGGUGGCGGACCUGCGGGAGGUGUCCCGGGAGGUAUCACGGGAGGUGUCCCCCCGCAGCCUGGCUGAAGCUCUCCUGGCCUGCGAGCCACUGAAGAGGCUAACAGAGGGGAACCUUCUGGCAGCAGGGGGCGCCGGCACGCCCAGCACCACCAGCACGCCGCUCUCUGUAGACACGGCCUACUCCAGUGCGCGGCAGGACACACCCAACAGCUUUGGGCACACGCCGCAGUCGCAGGGCACCCCGCAUACGCCGCGGCCUGCCGGCACCCCUUACUCCCAGGACUCCAGCUACUCCAGCAGGCAGGCUACCCCUGCCUACCAGGCCGGCCGGGCCGAGGGCUCGGGGGGCUACAAGGCUCGGAGGCAUGACACCAAGUUCCAGGAUGCGUACAACCGCAGGCCGGAGCGACACUACGUGCACGGCACGGGGGGGGCCUACCGGGCCCUGGAGCCGGCUGCUUUUAAGCCACAGCCCCCCGAGCCUCGGCAGCCACCCCCUCCGGAGCCUGCCCUGAGCCCAGCUGCUGCCCCCGCCCUCCCAAUGUUUUCCCACACGCCUCCGCCCCCUCCCAGCAGCACCUGCUACAGGACAUUCCCUUCGUAUGCGCCACCAGCUCCUCUCCCCUACCCCCCGACGGAGCCGCCUUUCCACCUCCCACCCCCGCAGCCAGAGCCAGACUACAGAAUGCCUCCCCCUGCCCCGGUCCCAGAAAUGCCCCCACCGGCAGUCAGAGAGAGACCUGUGACACCGCCACCCCUCCCCGAGCCCCCGCCGGCACCCUCGCCCCCCACUGAUGGGACGCCCGAGCGUUGCCCCUCCCCAGGGACACCCCCCCAAAAGUCUCAGGAGCACAGCUUGGACUCCCGCAUCGCCAUGCUGCUGAAGGAGAAGAACAGCAAGCUUCCCUUUCUGAGCGAGCGGGACUCGGACCUAGACGUGCACAUGGAGGGCAGCCCUGUCUCCUCCUCUUCCUCCCAGCUCUCCCCUGUGCCCCCUUACAAGCUCAGCUCCCAGCCUGGCCACCAGUCCCCCAGCACCAGCCUGGAGGACAUCAGCCCGACCCCCCUGCCUGACUCGGACUCUGACAGGGACGAGGAUGCCGCCCCCUGCCAAGAUGCAUCUGCAAGUUCACCUGGCGGAUCAUGCCAUGAUGGACAGAAUGACACGGGUGACAAAAAGGACCCUCAAGUGGCCAUACCCCCAGACACCGUGGAUGCGGGCCAUCAGUCUUCCGGUGAGGACAUGGAGAUCUCCGACGACGAGAUGCCCAGCGCGCCCAUAACCAGCGGUGACUGCGCCAAGGCCAUCGUGGUCAACACGCCGGUCUCUCCCAUGCGUCCCCAGACCAUCCCCCUCCAACUCCCUGGGUUCCCCCCGCUGCCCCCUCCACAGAUCGGCUUCCCCAUGCCGCCCCCUCCCCUGCCUCCGCCUCCUCACCUGGCGGCCCCUCCGGGGGUGCCCCCGCACCCCAUGCUGCAGCCGCUUCCCCCCUUCCCACCGGGCAUGUUACACAUGGACGUGACAGGUGUUCUGCCGCAGUGGGGGGGCAUGCACAUGUCCAUCCAGAUGCAGACGCAGAUGAUGAGCCGCCUGGCACAGAGCCAGCACCCUUACCCCUACCUGCCGCUUAUGGGUGGGGCCGGGGGCGGGGCAUACAGCACACCUUUCCGGCCACCAACAGUCACCCCCAGCAGUCAGUCCUGGCACCUGCCUGCUUUCCCCCGGUUCAACCCCACAGUGCCCCCGCCCGGCUACAUGCUGCAGAAGGAGGACCCCCACAAGGCCACCGUGGACGGCGUGCUGCUGGUCAUCGUCAAGGAGCUGAAAGCCAUCAUGAAACGAGACCUCAACCGCAAGAUGGUGGAGGUGGUGGCCUUCCGGGCUUUCGACGAGUGGUGGGACCGAAAGGAGCGCUUGUCCAAGACAUCACUCACCCCGGUGAAGUCUGCUGACAGCAAGGAAGAGGAAAAGACCAAGGCCAAGGGGACGGUGGUGGUAUCCAGCCUGCUGGAGAGUUGGAACAAGGGCGAAGGGCUCGUUUACGAGGGCAUCGGAUUGGGAAUGGGCAUUCGGGGCACCAUCCGUCUGCCUUCCUUCAAGGUGAAAAGAAAGGAGCCGCCUGACCCAGGGACUGUAGGGGACACCAAACGGGUUCGUGCCUCCACCCCUGUGGAUGACGAGAUGGAGGAGGAAGAGUCUGAGCGGGACAGGGCAGACCUGUCCUCCGACUUCCCCAGGAAGGACAGCGAAGGGUCAGUUCCAGUUCGUAGACCUACCAAGCUUGACAGCGAGGGGGAGGAAGAAGAGGAAACCUCUGAGAAAGAGGAGGAAGAGGAGUCAGAAAAAUCUUCCGACAAGCUUUCCUUUGUAAAGGACCACGAUGAGGAAGAGGAGGAGAAUGAUGCCAAAAAUGUCUCUGACAGCGAUGGGGAAGAUUCCAACUCAUCAGAUGAGGAAGAGUUUUCGUCCUCUGGGUCAGAUUCGGAGUCUUCACGGGAAAGCGAAGACUCCUCUGCUUACGACUCUAGCUCCGACGAGGAGUCUGCAAGCACACGUGAUAAAGCAGGGAAGGAAGAGGGAGACGCGCGUCCUGUGGCCUCAUCUUCAUCCUCCUCCUCGUCAUCUUCCUCUCCGUCGUCCGUCUCUCAGUCUUCGUCAUCUUCCGAUGAGGAGGAGGAAAGGCGGGAGACGGUCAAACUUCACUCCUCCUCGUCCGAGAUGACGUCGGAGAGGACCCUUCAAGAGGAGCCAGAUGUGCAGCUGCAGAGAAGGUCCAUGGAGGUGGUGGGCGCUGUCAGGACAGAGGUGCAGGCGGAGCUGGCCUCCAGGGUGGGUUUGUCGAAAGUGCAGCUGCUGGAUGAGGUUGGCCUCCUUCGCCCGCCCACCCCGAGUGGCUCCCCAGCAUACAUCGACUUGGAGGUGCGGCCUAAGGCCACCCUGGCUGAUGAGGAAGAGGAGGAAGUGCUUCCACGUACCCCAGGACGGGAGACCACCACACCUCUGGAAGCGGAGGUGCCCCGCCCGCCCUGUACGCUGCCCCUGCCUCCCCAAGUGGACUCAGUCGCUGAGGCCUGCUUCCUGCCGGGGCUUCCUGAGUCACGCUCGAGCUCUCGGCUCCCCAGUGAGGAUGACGUGCCCCACACCCCGGGGAGGGAGCUGCCAGGCAGGGGGCGGUGCUUAGGGAAAUCCCAGAGCACGGAGACGGUCCCCAGCACGCCGGGCGGCGAGGCACCUCUCACGGCCAACAGCCUGACGCUCGGCUCCCCCCACAUUCCGGGCAGCCCCUUUUCCUAUCCCGCUCAGUCCCCUGGGGCUGGUGGCGGCGUUCCCAGGACUCCGGGUCGGGAUUUCAACUUCAUGCCGCCAUUCACAGACCAGCGGAAGGCUUCGCUCGACAGCCUGGACGAGCGCUUCCUAUUCAAAGAGCCGUCGCUUAGCUCCGCCCCUCACGCCAGCCUGCCCAAGGACCAGGACGGACUACAGGUGCCACCGGACUCCACCCCCCCCAAGAGAAAACCUGGCCGUCCCAAGAAGACCUCACUGGCAGUCUCUUCUCCAGAACACCAGGCGGCUAUCUGGGCCUCUUCUUUGCCCCCAGACAUCCCAGGGAAAGAUUUGUAUCUGGAUUUGGGGUUGGGGGGCGUGGCUGCACCCUCCCGCUGGACUGAGCCGUCACGCGUGGCCCUUGACUUCAGGGAAGGUUGGGCAGAGCCAGAGGCGCGGGGCGCGACCCCCCCACGUGAAUUGGAGAGCAAGCUCCCUGGGGAGGAGCCACUGCCUCCCUCAUGGCACAAGGAGAGGCACCUGGCGCCAUCGGCCCCCCGGCCACGGCCCAGGUUCUGCCUGCGCUCGGAAUUCGAGGAGGUGACCGUCCUCUACGACAUCUGGAACGAGGGCAUCGACGACGAGGACAUCCGCCUCCUGGAGGUCACCUACAACAAUAUGCUGCAGCAGGACAAUGGCAGCGACUGGCUGAACGACACGCUCUGGGUGCAACACCCUCCCACCUGGCUCCCUGGCGUGAAGAGGAAGAGGCGAGAAGAUGGGAUGAGGGACCACGUGACAGGCUGCGCACGAAGCGAGGGCUACUACAAGAUCGACAAGAAGGACAAGAUCAAAUACCUCAACAGCACUCGGCUGCUCUCGGAGGAGCCUCCUCUGAGCUCCCAGGGCAGGAGCAACCCAGCACAGCCCCAGUCCUCCACGCGGGCCGGUUCUGAGCGGAGGUCUGAACAGCGGCGCCUGCUCUCCUCCUUCAGCUGUGACAGCGACCUGCUGAAGUUCAACCAGCUGAAGUUCCGCAAGAAGAAGAUCCGCUUCUGCAAGAGCAGCAUUCACGACUGGGGCCUGUUCGCGAUGGAGCCCAUAGCAGCGGAUGAGAUGGUGAUCGAGUACGUGGGGCAGAACAUCAGACAGGUAAUCGCGGACAUGCGGGAGAAACGCUAUGAGGAAGAGGGUAUCGGAAGCAGCUACAUGUUCCGGGUCGACCAUGACACCAUCAUCGAUGCCACCAAAUGCGGCAACUUUGCCCGCUUCAUCAACCACAGCUGCAAUCCCAACUGUUACGCCAAGAUCAUCACAGUGGAGUCACAGAAGAAGAUUGUCAUCUACUCUCGGCAGGCCAUCAACGUCAAUGAGGAGAUUACCUACGACUACAAGUUCCCCAUCGAGGAUGUAAAGAUUCCGUGCCUCUGCGGGGCUGAGAACUGCCGGGGCACCCUCAAUUAGGCCCCCAUCCCUUGGUGAUGCCAUGCCAAAUAAGCCAAUCAAGAAAAACAAUCGAAAUGGUGGAGCUGAAACAAGGAUAACCAUACCCACUGCGCAGUGCUCAACACCACUUUCACUGGAUGUUACAGGGCUUGGCGCAGAUGUUGCUUCCACCUUUUGAUUCUGGAAUUUCACCGGAAGUGUCCUGAUGCGACCAUGGUUCCUCACACUGCCCGAAGCACCAGUGUCCUCAUAUUCCCCCCCCCCCCCCCCACGGAAGGGUUACACUUUCAGCUCAGCUGUCCGUUGUAUUUUACCUUACCCCCCACCGGGUUAAUGUUAAGCUCAGCGGUCCAUCAUCUUUUACCCUCCCCCCACUAAGUUACGCAUUAAGCUCCUUUUCCUUCGAUAUGAAGACGGGUCCUCCAAGUGGCCCCCACCCAGAUUGCUGCUGGUUACCCCCAUCCCCCUUGUCACCCAUAGUUUUCACAGGUGGCAGUUCAUAUCAACUGUUUGUCUGCUGGCAGAACAUGGAAGGUUCCUCUAUACUCAUCAGAGCAUUGGGCCAUGUGUCCGGUGCUCUUUGCCAAUGGUCAUGUGUGAUGUUGCUAAAUCACCUGCUUGACCACUGAGAAGCAUGUUACCAGAGCUGCUCAUCUCCCCAACGUUUACGUCAAACUUGUUUCCUCCCAGUUCGUACUUUUUGGCGCUACUUCUGAGUGAAGGACCCUGCGAAGAAUUUUUAAUUCUAUGAAGUUAAGCCCCAACUCAUUUACUACACUUAGGAAGCUCAUGUUUUUAGGCCAGUUGUUACACAUCUUCCUGAUGUUUAAUUAUUAUUUCAAGCUAGCAUUAAAACCACAGAAGUCACACUACAGUGUUACAGUCAAGAACAUUUGGAAGCUAGUAGACAGAAAAGGAUGGUUUCAAGUUUGCAUUUUCCUUGGUGUUCUGGGACAAGUUUAGUGGGAACAAGCGCCAUCAGCAGUAUUAGUAAACAGGGCCACCUGCUGGCUGCAUGGCAGAAUGCGGCCAUGACACCUGCAUAGCGAGAUGGGCUGCGUGGUGUAAAUCAUUUUAUAAGAGUUUGAGCUGUGGAGCUGAUUCAGGCUGUGUUGAAAGUAAGCUUUUGGCCGCUGGUACUUGAACUGUGUCUAGAGGAGCUGUUCAGGGGCAGAUUGGCACUUUGCAUACCGCUGCGUCCUUGUGGACCCCGCUGUCUGUGAUGUCUUCCUGCCUUUCGUGCUCGGAAAUGUGCCUGUAUGUCCCCCGAUGGGAGCCUGGGAAUCUGGGACCCUUGUGGGACAGUUAGACCCACCAGCAAAGGGGAUGUCCUGCCCUCGUCCUCCUCCUCAGAAAAAAAACAAAAUUUAAGCAAAACAUACUUACCUGAACUCCUACCUCUGCUUCAUUGACAACCACAGUUUUACCUUCAGGUCUCCCACUAACAUUUCUGUUCUGUGUAAGACACUAUAAACGUGGUUAAGUUAUAUAAGGUUAGAUUUAUGAAGAAUAUUAUAAUGAUUCAGCUAUAACUGGCCUAUAAUGCACUUAGGCUUCAGUUAUGAGACACCACAACUUUAUUUUCAGAUUUAUUGGAUUGUACAAUGUAAAUAUUAAAAUGCUGUACAGAAAAUAGACAUUAUUUCACUAUCUUGUGUACAAUAUUCUAAAGAGCAUUUUUAUAUCCUUGGUGCUGCAGCAGCAGUGACCACGGCCCUUGAAAACUGGAGUUUGUGUUAACAAAUGAAAUGGGAGAGUCUGUGAAAUGUUAAAUAAAUUCAGCCUCCAUACUUUCCCUAAAUAAACAAAACACUGGGGGAGUUAGUCAGUUCAUUUGAUGCCAUAUUGAACCCCCCCAAAAAAAAAUAAAAUAAAAAAUUUGGCUCCUAAUAAGCUAAACUGUGAGUGCAUUUCCUCGUCUUCUUGGUAGUUGUGUAGUCGUGGCAACAAACAAUUGGCAGCACAUUUUGUUCCCAUUGGAGAACAUGCUGACAGUGGGUGUGUCUCACAGGGACUUUAGCAGCCAAUCAGAAUCCAAAAUAACAGGCCAAUUGCCACUCCUCCAGGUCAGGUCCUGAAGUUGCAUACCGAUUUUUCACCACAGUGAUAUUCAUGUUGUAUAGCUGGAAUUCUCAGCCAUUCUUAAACCCCAAAUGAAAAGAGAGCAGAGUGUUGGGAUCCCCUACCACUAACACCUGACCUAACUAUGGAACGGUGGCCACCUCAACAUCUCUGAGACCCCUCCCCAAACCGCUCCUCUGUAGGUACCCAGCUGAAACACCCUGUUUUAUAGGGUUUUUUAUAGUCAUGUCUUGAAGCUGUAAAGAAAUUUCUUUGCAGUUUUAUAAAAGUAGGAAUAACAGAGGGGGCAACACUUUUUCCAGAAGGCAUUAAAAAGUGAGACGUGCACCUUUGACAAUACACAGUCCCCUAUUUUACUUCGGUAAUGGUUUCUUGUAGAAACACCUUUCCAUCAUUGAUUUUCUUUUAUAUGCUAAAGUUUGUAAAUACUUUAUAGAUGUGUGUAUGUAAAUAAUAUAGUUCAUGGGGUUUGCUACACAAACACAGCUCAGGGACAGAACGGGCUGGUGGCAACAUUCUCAGCUUGUGUCAAGCUUACUUUUUGCUGUAAAUUCUGUGAACUGUUUGCUGUGGAGAAGGGGAUUUAGAAAUUGUGAUACAUAUAGGCAGCGUGAGCUGGGUAACCUGCACCUGCUUCAUCUAUUUAUUAUAAGACAAUUUGGAUGAAAAAUAAAGGCUUCUUUCCAAAUGUA